CGAGUAUCGGAGUCACCAAUGCUUAGUGUUCAGCAUUCAGUUUGGCUUAGGGAACAUAACCGUAUUGCUACAGAACUGCACACACUUAACCCACAUUGGAAUCACGAAACUGUUUACCAAGAAGCCCGAAAAAUAACUAUAGCUAUGCUUCAACAGAUCACUUAUAACGACUUUUUACCUAUAAUUCUUGGUCAGACGACAAUGGACAGAUUUAAAUUAUUCUCGCGAGAUGUUAAUGACGGUGUAUUUGAUGAUUCAUAUGACCCUAUGGUCAAUCCACAAAUACUUGAUUCGGUCAACGUUGCAGCACAUCGCUAUGGUCACUCUCAACUUACAAACAAGCAAAACUUCGUGGACGAAGGUUGCAACACAGUGACUGUCAAUUAUUUGAAAGACACGUUUGAAAGUCCGCGACUUGUUCAACAAAACAAUGGUGCAAAUAUUCCAUUUCUAGCUAGACAUUUAGCUUGUACAGCCAGUAAUAAGAUUGACAACUUUAUUGUCGAUGGAAUGCGUGAUUUUUUACUCCGUUUACCAGAAGCACCGGGAUCUGAUAUUGUCGCCAGGAACUUACAGAGAGGGAGGGAACAAGGAGUAUCGGGAUACAACACAUGGCGGGAAAUUUGUGGUCUCGAACCUAUCAAAUCAUUUGACAAAUUUGGAAAGUUUGGGAACGCACUUAAGGAACUAUACAAUGAACCCGAUGACGUAGAUUUAUUUAUUGGGGCAAUGCUAGAAAAAGACGCAGGUUUCAAUGUUGGACCUACGUUUCAGUGUUUAUUAGGAAUGCAAUAUCAACGAAUCAAACGUGGUGACAGGUUCUGGUACGAGCGGCCAUGCGAGAUAUUUUCCUUUACAGAAGCGCAACUUAAAUCUUUAAAGGAAAACACACGCAUAUCAAAAAUAUUUUGUCGUAACCUUGGUAUUCAUAAAAUACAAGAGAAUAUGUUCCUCCUUCCUAAUAGAAAAGGGAACAAUAGAAUCCUUUGUGACGAAAUACCAGAUAUUGAUCUCUCCCUUUGGCGCUCUGCAGAUGUGGAUCUUCGGUAAAAUCGUUAACUGUUUAUAUUUAUCGGAUAAUUAAUAAAUAGAAUGUGUAUAUUUAUUUCAUUUAUCAUAAACUUACUAACAAUCAUUACAGUUGUUUACAGACGUUUUCAUGGUUUUGGAACUUGUCGAUUUGCAAUAUUUUUCACAAUAUUAAAUUGAAAACAUAAUAUUGAGAACAUGAUAUGAAUUGGGAGAACAUGUUCGUAACAAUGAUAAAUCGAGUUCCAAUUAAUCAAUCAUUGUAUAAAGUUUUUCCUAAUCUUUAU